AUGAUCCGGAGCAUUUCGAUGACGCGGAACUUUUCUAUCGCAUCAUGCAGCAACGAAUCGCUGAGAAUGACUGGGACAAGAGCUCUUUGCCGGCCGAAAGAUCAAAAGGCACCAUGGCGAGCCUCAUACACAACGAACAUCUGGAUCCAACAACAGCGCUCAUCAUUGAGCGGGCAAAGCAUCGGCUGCGCAAGUAUGCUGCGGAAGAGCGCCACGCUAGCAAGGGACGGCGGCUCGUGUAUACCGUUCACGAUCGCUUGGUGGGAUUCAUGGCACCGCGACCACUGCCACAAGUCCGUCCGCUACCAGGUGCGAUGCCCAUGGAGACCUGAACUAUUCCCGUGUCUUGCAUGGCGGGCGAGAUGA